CCUGUGCAGAGAGAGAGAGAGAGAGAGCAGUGUGGGAAGGAGGAAGUCCUACUCUUCAGGACUUGUCAUGAAGCGUGUGAGACGUUACUAGAGAAGAGGCGGAGGACCUUUGCUACUACUGAAGGACGAGGCAGAGGUGACCAGGAGGUAAAAGUGGAGUCUGGGUGUUUAUAUGCAAGUGGGGUGAAGAGAGAGACCCUCCUCUGUGGGACAGCCGAUGAGAGAAGAUGAAGAGCAAAAUCUCCAACGCCCUCUCCGACUUCUUCUUUGAGUAUGAGACCCCACGGCAGGUGCUGGUCAGGAACAGGAGAGUGGGAGUGGUGUGCCGUCUGAUCCAGCUUGGGGUCCUGGCUUACAUUAUUGGGUGGGUGUUCAUUUAUGAGAAAGGCUACCAGACAUCAGAUACAGCAGUAAGCUCGGUCUUCAGCAAAAUGAAAGGAGUGGGCUAUACCAAUGUGAGCGGAAAUGAAAUGGUCUGGGACGUGGCCGACUACGUCUUCCCUUCACAGGGAGACUCAUCUUUUGUGGUCAUGACAAACUACAUCAUAACUGAAGGUCAGAAGAUGGGAAAGUGCCCAGAGCUGGAAGGCAAAUGCAGCUCAGAUGGUGACUGUGAAGGAGGGAGUCUCAAACGUACGGGACAUGGACAAAUGACUGGAGUCUGUGUGAAUGCCACUAAGACCUGUGAAGUGUUGACAUGGUGUCCUGUGGAGAACGAUCACAACAUCCCAGAUCCUCCUCUGUUGAUGUCUGCAGAGAACUACACACUGUUCAUCAAAAAUUCUGUAACUUUCCCCUUAUUUGGCGUCACAAGGAGUAACCUGGUGGAGGGCAUUAAUUAUGCAUACAUCAAAACCUGCCUUUAUCAUCCAACGGAUUCUCCACUGUGCCCCAUAUUUAAACUGGGAGACAUUGUUAAACUGUCUGGCUUCAAUUUCAAAAAGAUAGCCAAAGAGGGAGGAGCCAUUGGUAUUGUGGUCGACUGGACAUGUAACCUAGAUGUAGCUGUAAAACACUGUAAACCGAAGUACGAAUUCCACGGUCUGUAUGGAAACCCAGAUGAGACAGACAAAGCCAGAGCUUCAAUGGGCUACAAUUUCAGGUAUGCAAAGCAUUAUAUGGAGGACAAAGUUCAGAAGAGAACCCUUCUCAAAGUGUUUGGGAUCAGGAUAGAUAUCAUUGUCCAGUCACUGGCAAGAAAAUUUGAUAUCAUCCCAACCCUGACAGCUAUAGGCUCUGGGGUGGGCAUUUUUGGAGUGGCAACUGUAGUAUGUGACUUGGUGUUGCUCUAUUUGCUACCAAAAAGAGAAUUUUACAAGAACAUGAAAUUCAAAUACACAGACACACAAACACAGAACAUUUUGUAUUUACAGCAUGACAGCAAGUUGCUUGGUUUAGACACAAGCGUCUAUUACACCCUUGAAGCAAAUGCAAGACAAGUCCAAGGCACUGACCAGUCCAAAGACCCUGAUUCAGAGGCAGGUAGCAUAGAGACUGCAAUGACAAAAUGACCUGGGAGCAAACUUUGAAGCUGCUGCUUUGAAGGUGUGCUGCACUGGAUCCCUGCAAAACAACCUGCAAGACAACACACAUACUCUAAAUUGCCUGGAGUCAAAGGACUUCUCCACGUGUCUUCUCUCUUCAAUCUUCAGCAACAUCUUCUACCAGCAUCUUCCCUCUCUUACAGCCACCCUGAGAGACUGUGACUCCUCCUUCUAUUGUAUGCAGUCCUAGCGUGGCUCAGCUGUUUUUUUUGGGUGUAGCUUGAUUUGCUUUUGUUGCCUUUGUCUCCGUAUCCAUACAGUUGAAACUCAUUCAUUACCUGUGUCACAGUGUUUGUCAAAACGUAACGUGUGGCUGUGCCACUGUCAGUGAUUCAUCCUGUGUGCACUGUGCACCUUGUGAUCAACAAUUCAAUUCAAUAAAAGAUGUACAAUAAUAUUAA